AUGCCCAAAAAGAAGGAGAAGAACUCCGGCGAGAAACAAGACGAAACCAAGAAAACACCGAAAAAGGAUAAUUCUGCGACUCCUGCAGUUAAAACCGGUCUUGGCGACAAAGAGAAGGAUUUAUAUCUGACACAGAUAAAAUAUUUGACCGACCAGUUGGAGCAAUAUCAGCUGAAAUGUGAGGAACUUGAAAGGCAGAAGAAACACUUAAUCUCACAGAGCAGCACACUGGAGACGGAGAAGAAGGACAUAGUUGAGUACCUGAAACGCUCCCUGCUGGAGAAGGAGGACGAGGUGGACGAGCUGUCGGAUCGGCUGGAGAAUCAGCGACAGGCAGCGGAUCAGGAUAAAGAAGCUCUGCAGCUGCAGCACAGCCAGCAGAGGCAGGAGCUCCAAGAGCGACUGGAUGAACUUAUGAAAGAAAACCUGACACUUGAGGAGAAACUUUCUAGUCUGGAGGAGUUUCAGAGGCAGAAGGAGGAGCUGACGUCCAACAUGGAGUCUCUGGAGAAGCAGCUGGAGGAUCAGAAAGAGAAGCACAAAGACGACGUUCACAACCUGGAGAUGAAAGUUCUGCUGGAAAAGAGGAGACUGGAGAAGGAGAUGGAGAGCCAUGUGGCGGCGAUGGCGGCUGAAGUGCAGCGGCUGGUGGACCAGAAGCUUCCUGAGACGACCAGGUCGGUGCUGCAGGAGAACGUGGAGGUGAAGAACCGUCUUGGCCUGCUGUCAGAGCAGACGCAGGUCCUGAUGGAGGAGAACGCUGCCCUGAAGGGUCGCAAGGGUCGGCUCAGUGUGGACGUGGACAUCCUGGAACAAAUGCUGAGCGAGACGUCACGCACGAGCUGCAUCCGCAAGAAGGCGGUGGAGCAGCUCACAGAAAAGUGUCAGCAGCUGCAAACAGAACAGAAAGACUGGAUUCAACAGCUCCAGCAGCUUCGCACUGAACACACAGCAGUCCUGGCUGAGGUGGAGGAGCUCAGACAGAACCGGGCCUUGGUGUCGGAGCAGUGCAGUAAAAACAGAGCCGAGGUGAGUCGUCUGGAGGUGGCGCUGCAGGAGGAGAGGAGGAGGAGGAGCAGGAUGAAGAGCAUCAUGCAGGAAGCGGCUGACACUCUCAGACAAGCCCUGAUGGAGGCGCCGACCGAUCAGGACUCAGAGCAGAAGAGGCUGAUGCAGAAGCUGCUGGUGGUUUUGGACAGAUGCAAGUUCACCAGCUCCACCGCAGAGAGCGACCAACUGAAUGAGCUGCAGAACUCCGACUCUGCAGCAGCCAAAAAAUUAACUCUGGACCCAGAGUUGAGUUUCCAGCUCCAGCUGGCCCGCUACAGGCCCGGAGACCUCGGCUUUAUCCCCCGUCCUGCACCCAAACACAAAACCACGCUCUCCAGGACGGGACUUAUGUCCAGCAGCACCCAUGUUCCUCUGUACAGGAAACCUUCCAGUCAGAAGACGCUCAGCUCUGUCAACCUGACCGACUCUGCUGUCGGAUUCUUGAUCUCCAAACACUCCAAACUCAAAUGACAAAAACUCAUUUCCAGCAGCACUGUCGACAUCUUUAUGUCAGAGCAAAAACUAUAUUUCGAAGAUAGACUGUCGUGACCUAUUGUCCUUUGCAAAAUAA